AUGUUCCCACUGUCCGCCCCGCAGCCGUACUGUCUCAGCAACGCGCUCAGCUCACAUGUCGGCAGCGUGCACAGCCUCUCGUCCGAAGAGGUGCAGUCGUUCGCCGAUCGUGUGGACAAAUUCAUCUCAGCCCACUUCUCCGUCGAGCCAGCCAAUCAUCGUCUCCUCUUGCUCGACCACGAGCCGAUGCCGAGGCCGGACGAGACGUCGAGUCAACUGCGUCGGCGAGCUCGACUCGUCGAAGCGGUCCUCGAGACUGUCGGACCGGCCGGUGUCGCCAUGUUGCCCGCCUGCCAGAUGGCGCUCUACGCGACCGGUCGUGUCACCGGCCUCGUGCUCGACUCCGGCGAGAGCCGCACCACGACAAUGGGUUUCCUCGACGGCCGACUGGUGCCCGGAAGCUACAGACACUACGACUUUGGCGGACGCGACAUCACCGGAUACCUCGCCUGUCUGCUUCACGGCCACGGCUUCAAAACAGGCAAGUUGGCCGACCCUUCGACAAUUCGACGCAUCGACAACACGACCAGCCUCCAGUCCCGACACCGGCCUCUUAGCAACACGUCUUGGCACCCGAACCAGCCAGAACAUACAUACACACACACACACACAUAUCGCCUGAUCCCACCCAUUGCCAGGCAUCUGACAGGGUGGCCUGAAGAUAAAAAAAAGUGGGAUCGGCUGGAUUAG